AUGUGCAGCACUGUUCUCGUGAGUCGGGGUGUGUCGACCGAAGAAGACCCCAGCCAACUGCUGGAUGAGGUGCAUCUUGGGGCCAUUCGGAGCCGCUUGCGGCAGUGUCGCUUCUGCAGCUACACGGCACUUUACCAUUCGCUGCUGCAGCGUCACGAGCGCAUCCACACAGGCGAUCGUCCCUUCCAGUGUCCAAACUGCCCCAAGCGCUUUGUGCAGAAGACACACCUGGAGACUCAUCUGCGUCAGCAUACUGGCACUGCGGUGGCAGGUAUCAGGCGUCCAUUCCAUGCACAGGGCGAGACAUUCCACUGCGACUGCUGCAAGUACACCACACGCCACAAAUGGAACAUGGUGGUGCACGUGCGCACGCACACGGGGGAAAGGCCCUUCCGGUGCGCUCUCUGCCCCAAGUCGUUCUCACGCAAGAAUGUGCUGGACGAGCACAUGCACACGCAUACGGGCGCCCGUCCCUUCCGCUGCUCCCUCUGCCCCGUGGCGUUUGCACACAAGAACUCGCUCGUGACGCACCUGAAGCGCCACGUGGGUGAGCGGCCCUUUGCGUGCCCCCAAUGUGGCCGGACAUUCACUGGCCGCUUUUCGCUCAACCGACACCUCAUGUCGCACGCAGCACCUCCACCGUGA